AUGGCAGAGGAACGGCACCUGCUGAGCGAGGGAGCAGGCGGGUCUUACCUGGGGACUGCACAAAAGGAUGGACACAACUCGGUGCAGGGACAGGCGCCCGCCCUGGAGCUGGGGACACGGCCUGGCCAGCACUGCCACACUCGGGGGGUCACCGGCCCCCCCAGACAGCAGCAGCGAGCCCGCAGGAAGCUCUACCUGGCUGCAGGCGUCUGCCUCAUCUUCAUGGUGGGGGAGGUCAUUGGUGGGUACCUGGCAGACAGCCUGGCCAUCAUGACGGACGCAGCCCACCUCCUGACGGACUUUGCCAGCAUCAUGAUCAGCCUCUUUGCACUCUGGGUCUCCUCACGGCCCCCCACCAAAACCAUGAACUUCGGCUGGUACCGGGCAGAGAUCCUGGGUGCCCUCCUCUCCGUGAUCUCCAUCUGGGUGGUGACGGGUGUCCUGGUCUACCUGGCGGUCCAGCGCCUGCUCUCGGGUGACUACGACAUCGCCAGCCACGUCAUGCUCAUCACCUCGGCCUGCGCCGUGGUCGCCAACAUCGUGAUGGGGGUGGUUCUGCACCAGACGGGGCACGGGCACAGCCACGGGGCGGCCGGCGAGCAGCCCAGCACCAGCGUCCGUGCCGCCUUCAUCCACGUCGUAGGGGACCUGCUGCAGAGCCUGGGCAUCCUCAUUGUGUCCUACGUCAUCUUCUUUAAGCCCGAGUACAAGUUCGUGGAUCCCAUCUGCACCUUCAUCUUCUCUGUGCUGGUGCUGGGAACGACACUGACCAUCCUCCGUGACAUCCUCCAGGUCCUCAUGGAAGGCACCCCAAAAGGGAUGGACUUCAACGCCGUGCAGGAGGCGCUGCUGGCGGUGCCAGGGGUGCAGGCCGUCCACAGCCUCCACAUCUGGGCGCUGACGGCGGCGCAGCCGCUGCUCUCGGUGCACAUCGCCAUCAGCGCGGAUGCCAGCGCACAGGAGGUGCUGGAGGAGGCCAGUGCCCGGUUGCAGGCCACCUUCCACUUCCACACCACCACCAUCCAGGUGGAGAGCUACUCCGAGGAGAUGCGGGACUGCGGGCAGUGCCAGCCCCCCCGCGACUGA